UUCAAUCACGCCCCUUCUCUUUCUCUUCUCCCCUGUAUCUUCGCCUCCAUGGAAUCAGCCGAAGAAGAUGAAGCUUUUAUACCCGGCUCAGCCUUUUUCACUCAGCCGCCACCGAAUUUAGUGUCAUUAUCACCUUUCACUUCAUCAGUUUCGCCUUCUCCUCGGCGGCUUUCCAGCUGCUAUUCUCAGCCGAGCCAACCUAUAAAAGCUAAAAGACAACUUGCAUGGGUGUCUCUUCAAGGAAGGCUUAUCGGUGCAGAGGAAGCAAGUUCUGCUAGGAAGAUUGGUGGUGGUUUAAACCCUAAAGAAGCUGUGGCUUGGGAACUCUUUAGCCCCAUUCAUCGGAUUCUUGUAGUUGCUGUUGUUGCCGUUGCUGCUGCGAAUUCAAAGAAGAAUAAGCAGAUUUGUCGGCUGAAGAAAUCCGUUGAACUUAGGGAUCAAGUGCUCUUAGGCAUGCAACAGAAGCUGGACACAUUAUGUGAACAGGUUAACUAUUUCAAGGAUCAGCCAGAAACUGCAGCAGAUACAUAUGACUAUUUUCUUUGUGAGCAACACUUGAAUCAGUCCAACAACUUUUACGAGAGGAAUAUGAUCAAGGGAGAAGAGAUGCUUAAAUUUGAAAUGCCUCCAGCAGCAAAUCAGGUUGAACCAGAGGAACGGCGUAUGUCUGAUUUGUCGGAUUGGGCUGCUAGUGUGACUUCCUCUGUAGAUAUUCAGCUGAACACUUCAGCAAUUGAACAAGAUUUUUAUAAUCUCCAGAAGGAAUGUGAAGAAAAAGAUGUCACCAUCAGGGAGUUAUCCACUUUUCUUCAAUCAUCAGAAGCUUUUGGUGCAAAGAGGACUGGGGAGCUCGAAGAUAUCAUCCGCAGAAAGAAUAUGAUUAUUACAAAACUCAAGAAAGAUGUUUUAAUCUUAGAGCAGAAGGUUAUGAAUCUAACAAGACUUAGACGACCAUCAUUCUCUUCAAAAAGCUCAAAGGGGGUGAAGCUUCCUCCAUUGACAGACAACAUCCUUUAUGAUAUGGACAGUACUACUAGCCCUUCAUCUUCAGAUUCAGAUAGUUCCCCUGGGAAAAUAGCUCAACCUCUUUUUGCUAGUGAAUAUAUCAGCAUUUGUCAUGGUGAGAAUACUUUAUGGGAAAACCAGAAACAGGAGCAGGUCGAAAACAUACCUUUAUUAGUGAAACCAACAGAUAGACAUCCAAAGUCACGGCCAGUAUGCCCCUUGAAGGAGAAAUCAUUGAAUCACACACAGGAUUCAGUUUCCAGAUUGAAACCAAAGCAGGCAUCAUCUAUUAGUGCAGAAUCUCGGAGGAGACGACCUCCUAUUGCUACGUCGAAGGAUGCGGUUGCACAAAAACGAUGGCUUUAG